CUUGAUAGCCGGGGACACAGCUAUGCAAACGCAAAUCCAAAUUGGCUGCGGAGUGACAGAAUGUUGCUAGUUUAUUUUGCGCGUCAAUGUGACUCUGUGGCUGACUCUGAAAUUAGUUGUGCUGUUUUCGUACAAGAGCGUUGCUUUUCUUCGUGUCUACUAACUCCGCGAAGAAAAUCGCCUGAAGUCCUCUCCAGGUAGAGCGCAAAAGAAGCAUCAUGGUGGAGAAGAGCUCCCUCGAGGCCAUGCGGCAGGGAAUGCCGCUGCUGGUUUCGAUGUUUGGCGAACCGGUGGAGAUUCACCUCGUACUACUUUCAGAGGAUUCGAAGCGCAUCACGUUUCUCCCGAAGGGCGCCGAAGUGGACCUGAAACGAAACGAAAUUUUCGACAACUGGCCGGGAAUCGCGGUGCGAAUAAAGUCUCUUGUGUUUUUUUGGACAUUGUGUGUUGCUUGCUACCACUUCGCGGACGGAAGUCGAGUCUGGAGUGACGUCUGUCCCACAGUCACAAAAAUUAUUUUCAGAUCAAGGACAUCGAAUCCGUUGUGGGCGAACGACCGAGAAGCUUCUUGGAGGACCCGGAAGCUGCUGCCUCUGCACGAGGACGGGAUGAGCGUACCGAAAUGAAGUUGGUUUUGCUCCUUUUCCAGGGUAGCGAAGUGAUCGGAUCAAUGCAUUAUCAGCUUCAGGAACAAUAAAGUUGUCCUUUUCCGUGCGUUUGACAUUCCUUCGUGAAUAUGUUGUAUCUCAACACCGUGACCAUGGCUGUUACUGUUUCUGCAGGUGGCUCUGGCGGCAGCGGAAGUCGGUCGCGUUCUAUAUCCCCCCGCUACGGCACCCCGGGAUCGAGCAUCUACUCGAUCACGAUGCAAAUGAAGAAGGAGACGGGGGAGAACGAGAUCAAGAUCAUUUGCGCCACGCCGGUAGACUUCUUCACAUGGUAUCAUGGAGCGAAGCAUUUGGUGGAGGUGGCGAAGGAAGAGGUAUACUUUCUUGUCACUGAUGUCAUGAUUUUCUUUGGGGGAUCUGGAACCGCCCUACUCGGGCCGCCCACAAGACAGCACGAUAUUCUUGUCACUUCGAAAACGAAUUUUUUCAUACACGUCGUACGUGGCGAAAUCGAAAUGAUGAAACAAGACCAGCACGAAGAAUGAAAAAUUGAAAUCGUCAGGCUAUGCUCGUGCUCGAAGACGACGAAGAAGGUUCAUCCGAGGAAACAGAGUCCUCCGAGGAAGAGGCAGAAGACACCGACUACUUAAAGCCUGGUUCCGGCAGCCUAGUGGAGGCUAUCCGCGACGAGAACGCCAGGAUCUCGGCGGACCUGGAAAAGAAGGAAAGGCUGCUGCACCGCAUGGAAGCCCUGCGGCAGGAGGCCAAGCGCCGCACGCACGACGUACUGUAUUCGAGGACCCCGAUGGCAAGAGGUUCUGUACCCUAUGAAGAUGUUUCCAAACCCACCUACUUUUCAUCCGCCUCUGCGCCCACCACCCCCCCACCAAGCUCGGUGAAGACGAUAUCGGCGCCCUCCUCCAGCUCGAACGCCUUCUCCUCCUCGAGCCAGACGGCGGCGUACAUAAAGCAGAUGAAUCGGUUCUAUGACAAUUCGAACGAGAAGAAGUUUCUCGACACGACACCGCCGAAUUUCACGGAUUCCGAUGAGGAUUCCGACGAAGAGGAUUCGUCCUCCGGCGAGGAGCAGAAUUAUGCUGUCGCGGGUGAAGAAAAAGAUGGAAAUUCCGACGUUUCGGAAACCGAAUCCGAAGAAGAGCCAGUGGUGGAUGUCGCGGGAGAGCUGCUGAAAAAUCACCCUUUGGUGUACAACACCGGUGGAUAUAAUCAUGCCGGCGCAGCUGCGAGCCAUGCAUACGGUAAUAUCAAAAACGAUGUCAACAGUGAGGACGAGUCUGCCGAGGAUGAAAUGAGUUCCGAAGAGUCCGAGGACGACGAGGAGGAGGAUCUUGUCUUUCCCCCGCGAACAGCAGCAGGGGGAACGCUUCUCGAAGCGGACGAGGAAGAUUACGUGUACGCGGAACACACGCCGGGCAGGUACAGAUUGAGAUGCUGGUUGUUGUUCCCUCGGUGUUGAAGAAUCGCGAUGCUGACGAUUAUGCCUGCAUGGUGCGCAUUGUAUUGCGAAGCAAAAAACUAAAACCAAACAUUUGUUUUGGUCUGUAUGUAUCUGUCAUCUACUUAGGUGGAGCUUCAAGAAGCAUAUCAAGGGCUCCGCUGGGGCAACAUCAAGCGCCGCAAAGGUCGCUGCGGACGCGUCGGCGACGAAAAGCACUGCAGCGCCGGGUAGCUGUGACGAAGCAGAAAACAGCACUUCAUCUAGGUACUUAUGAGUAAUUCGAUUUAUUUGCAUUUGUGAUUGUCGAUGUGUCUACGAGUACCAUUAUGGAGUUGUCCUUUAUUAUUUAUUUCACUUCGCAGAUGAAAACAGAAUAAAAAAACGAAUCACACCAACCAAUAUUCAUGUAACAGCGACGCCGACGUGGACGACGAAAUGCUAACGAUUCGUCCCUUCCCGCAUAUUUACGACAGCGAGAAAGAUUCGAUGUAUGUGGACUAUUCCAAAGUGGGCGGCCCCUUCUCCGGCGCAGCAGCAGCGGGGUGUUACCCAAAAACCACGGUGUCGCCCACGACGGCGCAGGUCGGCGAGGGAGAUCUUCUGGACGAGGAAGGUCUCGGCCUCGGAGCAUCGUGGUCGACCACAUUGGACGACGAGUCCAAUGGUGAGCAGGAGAAGCUGCUGGGGAUUAUCAACCACAUUUCCGAGGUCGACCAGUAUCUGAAGCAGAAGCGCGACCUGUUGGAGUUGCAAAAGCAAAUCCUGCAGGACAAACGGAACGUCGUGCAGGACUUGGCAAAGGAGUGCGAAUCUUUUGUGCUGGGCGACGACGUGUCGUCGUACUGAUUUCGCCGCGUCGCUGAUUGCAAACUGCUGGUCAGAGAUAGACACAACAACUUUUGCUACAUUAUCUCCAGCUAAUCGGUACGAAGUAAUGCCACCUUCUGAGAUUCUGCGCUAUCACGCUAAUCGCAAAAAUCUUACAUCAACUGCAUGAUUGCCACGCAAGAUACAAGAAAGUUUUCGCAUCCGUCGACCAUGGAGGCGGAGUAAAGUAACUCAAGAGUAGUUCGCUUCACAAGCGAUAUCUUCCAAAAAGAGGAUGGAUGAAGCACAUGCACAAGGAAAAUUUUGAAAAGUGGUAAGGCGUGUCGUCGAUCAACAUGCAUAUCCGAGCUUUUCUAGACGCUCCAGAUGAAUCACCAGACUUACUAAUUGAUUCGCUUUGCUGUAUGUCUAGGAAUUCGAUUCGCUACUUGGGUUCAACAUUCGUCAAAUCGUUUUACUUGACUCGUUCUCAUCUUAUACCUUGAUCGUUUCGUAUUUGAUCGCUUCGUGAUUCGUCGGGAAUGUCGUGGUAGGCUCGACGCGGCGACUUUCUCAUCUGUGUAAAAAACCUUCGUAUCGACAUCGUCACGAUGCCAUGCUGAACGACGGACGUUGAGAUUUGAUAGUUGCGGAACUAGUUGUGGUCUUCUAGGUACAUCAGCAACGUUUUAUUCUUAUUUUAGGACGGACAUGGAGGGGGCCGACGCCGCACCUGCAGCGACGCCCGGGCUUGGAAAGGGCAAAGGUAUCGGGAAGAAAGGUAAGAAAGCCGCGUUGCCAGCGGCCGAGGGUGAUGCUGCAGCUCCGACAACUGGAACACCCCCGGACGGCGCGGCCACAGCUGCAACCGUGUCGACGGAAGACGGUGCGUCAUCUAGUUUGAAGGGAGGGAAGAAAAAA